CUUCCUCUUUCUCCCUCUCUCUCAAGAGUUUUCCGAACCUCAAGAAACAGCAACAAAUCUCCCCAUUUUCAGAUCAAAACAAAUCCUGAAUUAAAUGCCAAGAAAAUACGCCAAAAAUAAUAAACAAACCGGAAACGCGUCCUCGCCCCCCUCUUUCCUCCACGAUUUGAUCCCGAUUCAAGUCGGCACCGUGAAAUCGAUUCGGAGCAUACAGUAGAAGCCACGUGCUUUCCCCUCUCCUCGAAUCUAGCGGAGUCUCCCGUUAUAAAAAGGGUUCGGUCCCUCGAUCAAACCCUAAGUUUCUCGAAUGAGGAGAGGAGAAACCUAGACUGGGAUCGAAGGAUAUCGGAGGUUUCAGCUCUUCGCCAUGGAGAAGUACGAGCUCGUGAGGGAUAUCGGGUCGGGGAAUUUCGGCGUUGCGAGGCUGAUGAGGAACAAGGAGACGAAGGAGCUCGUCGCCAUGAAAUACAUCGAGAGAGGCAACAAGGUGGACGAGAAUGUGGCGCGAGAGAUCAUCAACCACCGAUCCUUGCGACAUCCGAACAUAAUUCGGUUCAAAGAGGUUGUUCUGACACCGACGCAUUUGGCGAUCGUGAUGGAGUAUGCCGCCGGCGGCGAGCUUUUCGAGAGGAUCUGCAACGCUGGCAGAUUCAGCGAAGACGAGGCGAGAUAUUUUUUCCAGCAACUCAUAUCCGGCGUCAGCUACUGCCAUUUCAUGCAAAUAUGCCAUCGAGAUUUGAAGCUGGAGAACACACUGCUCGACGGUAGCCCAGCGCCGAGGCUCAAGAUUUGCGAUUUCGGAUACUCCAAGUCAUCAUUGCUACACUCGAGACCCAAAUCGACGGUGGGGACGCCAGCGUACAUCGCACCUGAAGUACUCUCGCGGCGUGAGUACGACGGCAAGCUGGCGGAUGUGUGGUCAUGUGGAGUUACACUGUAUGUGAUGUUGGUUGGAGCCUAUCCUUUUGAGGAUCAAGAUGACCCAAAGAAUUUCCGCAAGACGAUUGGAAAAAUAAUGUCAGUCCAGUAUAAGAUACCAGACUAUGUUCAUAUAUCCCCAGACUGCAGGCAGCUUCUAUCCCGUAUCUUUGUUGCCAAUCCAAUGAGGAGGAUUUCAAUUAGAGAAAUAAGGAACCAUCCAUGGUUCUUGAAAAACUUGCCGAGGGAGCUGACAGAAGUUGCACAGGCUGCAUACUACAAAAGGGAUCACAACGCUCCAACUUAUUCUCUCCAGAGUAUUGAAGACAUAAUGAAGAUCGUAGGAGAAGCUAGGACUCGCCCACAGACAACCAAGUCUAUCUCUGGAUAUGGAUGGGCCGAAGAGGAAGAAGAGGACGAGGAGGGAGAAGGGAAGGAGGAGGAGGAGGAGGAGGAAGAAGAGGAGACGAACGAGGAGGAGGAAGAUGAGUAUGAAAAGAGAGUAAAGGAAGUUCAUGCCAGUGGUGAAUUUAAGAUCAGUUAAACGAAACGUAUGCAUAGCGCUUUCAUCGCCAUUAUCCGUUGCUAAUUACUGGGUUUGUGUAGGUUUUUACCUUUUGGGGAUGUUUUGGUUUGAAUAUGGUAUGCGUGUUUCUAUAAUUUUGUAAAAUUAUAAAUCUGUAGUACAUAAAUCUUGUUUUCCUGUCCUAAUGGUAUGUCCUAGCUGGGCGUUGUUCAGUGUCGUUGGAAGAGUCACAAGUAGUCUCCUAAUUUGUGAGAGUCCGUGGAAUUCAACCACGAAGUUGUACACUGUGUGUGUGUAUCUACUAUCACGACAUGGACAGCGUGACAAUUGUU